AUGUAUCUAUCUAAUUUUUCUCUAUCGUUCUCCCUACCUCCUUUCUCUCUCUAUCCCUCUUCCUCUCUAUAUAUCCCUCUCUUUCUCUCCGUCCCACUCUCGCUCCCUCAUUCUAUUCCUAACUGUCUCGACUCUCUCUCUCUCUCUCUCUCUCUAUCUCUCACUCCACCUCUCUCACAUUCCCGUCUCUCUCUUUCUAUCUCUAUCCCUUUCUCUCUCACACACUGCUCCUGCCAGUCUCGCCUUCUUUAUCUAUCUCUCUUUCUCUAUCUCUCAUCUUCUGUCUGCUGUCCUCACCCUCUCUCUCACUCUCUAACUCCGCUCUCUUUCUACCUAUAUCUCUCACUUCCUCAUCCUCUCCCUUCCUCCCUCAUCUUCUCUCUCUCUCUCUCUCUCCUUUCCUCCCUUUUUCUAUCUCUGUCUCACUUUCUAUUUGCUGCCACCUCUCUUACCCUCAUUCUAUCUAUCUAUCUCUCCCUCCCUCGUUCUCUUUUCAUCUCUCUUUAUCUCACUCUCUCACCCUCAUUUGCCCCUUUCCCUCUGUCUCUAAACUCAUGCCUUCGGCCACACUCUUUCUCUCCAUCCCUCUCUUUCACUACUUCCCUCUUUCUCUAUCUCUCCCAUUCCCUCACACUCACUCACUUUCCAUCCCACGCUCUACAUCCCUCUCUCUAUCUCUUUUCUAUCUCACUCUCUCUCUCCUGUCCUAAUAUUUCCUUCUCUAUCUAUCCCUCUCGCCUUCUUUCCAUCUCUCUCGAUCUAACUUCUUCUCCCUUUCUCUCUCUCCCUCCAUCGAUAAUCUUACUACCUCUCUCUCUCUUUCUCUCUCUCUUUCUCUCUCUCACUCUCUCCUUAUAA